GUUGGCAAUGCCGCUAUAUGCUCUCGAGUAUCUGAGGAUUUGCUCUGGAAACACGGGAUCUAUAUCCAGUCGAUAAAUUAUCCCACCGUGCCCAAGGGCAGUGAACGCCUGCGCAUCGCGCCGUCUCCGUUCCACACAGACGAGAUGACCGACAAGCUGAUUGAUGCUCUGGUUGCCGUGUGGAAAGACAACGGCCUUCCACUGGCCGUAUAG